GGAGCCAUGCAGUAAACUUUGUUCCAAUGGCACAAUGGCUGAAAAAAAGGUCAACAUGAAAAGUAAACACGAUACCUGUAGCUUUUCCGAUGAAAGGUGUGUCGUUAUUAAUGUACUGGAUCAUGACCACACCCACAGCAGUGCAGGAAGGCGGAUCAAGUGGAUCAGCAACUUUCAGGUGCAUGCCUUCACAAGUUCAAUGUUUCAGCUAUAGUGCAGCUGCCUGAGAGAGAAUCCCAAAAGUGAAUGAAAAAAGAAAAAAGAGGGUCAAAAGAACUGAAGAGAAUCUUAAAGAGGAAUAAAAAAAAAGGUGAAUAUGAAUCUUGAUCCUGGAGCGACAGAGCUGGAGUUCUCUGGGAAUCCCACAAGUGAUGAACAAGACAACCAGAUUCAGGACCAGGAGAUGGAUCCGGUGCUGGUUUGGGUUCCCAGCGGGAGGCGUCUGAUCUCUGGUCUGCUGGGGAUGAAUCUGGUCCUGCUGGGAGCGGCUCUGGUUGGCGGCCAAGCUUUCAACCCCGACGGCCUGAGGCACCAGGAGCCCCAGGUGUUCAUGCUGCUGCUGAUGGGGAUCAGUUUGAUCUGGAUGCUGUGGUACCUGCUGUGGGCCAGGAAACAGCCUGGCAUCAGCCCACAUAAAGACCACCAUGCUGGGGGGAUCACUGUCAUCUUGGUCCUCAUACUUUUCGCUGCCUUCAGUAUGCUGCUGUACAUCUGCAGGAUUGGUUAUAUGAUCAGUGUGAAGGAGUGUAAACCUGCUGCUACAGUGCUCUCUCCAUUCAUAGAGGCUCCUUUUCUCGUGAUGCAGACAUAUUUACUGUGGGCUCACUCCAAAGACUGCAUUCAUAGACACAAGAUAAUCACCAGGUCUGGGCUGAUGGUGAUCCUCUCUGCUGACCUGCUGCUGUGGUUAAACGCAGUCACGGAGGACACCAUCCACGAGGAGAUUGAGCUGGAGAAGGAAGAUAGGCUUCAUUUCAGCAACACAAACUCAUCUGAAGCAGACGGCUCUGAUUUAGCAGGUGAUUCCACCUUGUGUCAGUGCAGUGCGAGUGCAGCCUGCCUCACCUUCAGGAAAGGCUUUGAGAUCCUUUAUCCCUUCAACAUUGAGUUCUACCUGAUGGCGGGCUGCAUGAUCUAUGUCAUGUGGAAGAACGUAGGCCGCAGGAUGAGCCCAGGUCAUCACGUCACUCAGAAGGUGACCCUUCAUAUCGUCUACCAAGGCGGGAUCAUAUACGGCCUCGUGUUUGGUGCCCUGGUCCUCGCAGCAGGAGUGACAGUCUUCAUUCUCUACCAGGUCUGGGUGAGCCAGCAGCAGCUUCGCCUCACCGCCUUCCUCGUAUUUUAUGGCUACCAUUUAGCUGUCAUGCCUGUUAUGUCUCUCUGCUCCCUGACUGGACUGCUGGUCCACAGGCUGGAGAGGAAGGCGCAUGAGGGGGGACACAACCCCACUCGUAGCCUGGAUGUGAUCCUCCUGGUGGCAGCUGCCCUGGGCCAGCUCGCCCUCUCCUACUUCUCCCUGGUGGCGGCCCUGGCUUUGGGGACUGGCGGGCUACUGGGGGACCUGGAUCUGUCCUACUCCCUCCUCAGCCUGCUGGAGCUCAUCCUCCAGAACAUCUUCAUCAUCGAGGGCCUCCACAGGCACCCAAAUCUGUUCGCUAAGAAGAAGGAGAAGUGGAGGAGCAGCAUAUUUAAGCCUAAGAGAAAGGUCACUGCAGCAACACAAGAGGAGAAGAAGACAGACAUUUCACUGCUGGAGGGGAAUACGUCAGCACCCCCUGCUGUUCAAGAGCACGAUGGGAAAAAGUCCUGGACUAAAAGAGCGAUACAAGAAAUCUGUGCUUUCCUCAUCCUUUCUAAUAUCAUGCUGUGGGUCAUUCCUGCUUUUGGAGUCCACCCCCAGUUUGAGAACGGCCUGGGGAAACAGUUUUUCGGCUUCAGCGCUUGGUUUGUUCUGGUGAAUCUGGGCCAGCCACUCAGUGUUUUCUACAGGAUGCACUCAGUGGGAGCUUUAAUGGAGCUGCUCAUUUCUGCAUGAUGAGUGGCCACGGACUU